GGUACCUGUAAGCUAUCAAAGAGAAACUCGUCAGCAAGCUCCAUUCUUGCAGUACCGAGCGUCGCUUUGCUCUAUUGAAUCCUUCCAACUCCAUCACAAUGUCACAGGAAUAUGCAUAUUUGACCGGCGGCGCCAGUGGCAUCGGUCGGGCCGUAGCUCAGAUGCUGGUCAAGCACAACAUCAAAGUAUUCAUCGCCGACCGAGAUCUCGACGGGGCCCAGAAGCUCGUCGACGAAUUGAACAAGAAUGGCCAGGUUGCAAAAUGCAUGCACGUCGACGUCGUCAACUGGAAUUCCCAAGCCAAAGCGUUCAGCCAGGCAGUUGCGGACUCCGGCCGGAUCGACUACGUCUACCCGAUCGCCGGCGUUGGGGAACGUCCCUCGAUCAUUAAUGAUCCUUCUCAAAGUGGCUUUGUGAUGCCGGAUCUGACUGUGCUUGACGUGGACUUGACUGGUGUGAUUUAUACUGUUUCUCUGGCAGUGCAGCAGUUCAGAAAGCAGGAGCCCGGCAAGAAUGGGUUCCGAGGCAAGAUUGGUUGCGUCGCGAGUAUCUGCGGCCUUUACGCGGUGCCUACGGUGCCGAUUUACACAGCUGCGAAGCAUGGCGUAGUAGGACUCACCCGCUCGUACGGCCAUUACCUCCCAGAGGAGAAGAUCACGAUGAAUGCCAUUUGUCCGAAUGUCAUACGGACAAAUAUUUCGACCUCGGAUUUCUACGACAACGCGGAGAAGGAAGGUCUCCUGGCUCCGAUCGAAGGAGUAGUCGAAACAUUCGAGAAGCUGCUUGGCACGAACGGAACGUCGGGCGAAUGCUUUGAAAUUGGACCGAAUUACAAGACUCAGGGCGCCGUGCCCAGGAAAGCACCCGAGUUCUUGGACAAGGAGAGCGAGAAGGUUUGUGACUUGAUAUAUAAGAGGUCACACAAACUGCAUGAGCCUCGUUGAAGAGCAUCGGACCGUUGUCCCGGCACAGGGCUGUCUAGUCCCUUUGCCAACGACGGUGCUAGUGGAAGACUUGCAUGUAACUGGCUAGGCGAGUGUCCCAACGUGGGUUGUUGCUUCUUCUCAUUCUGCCUGAGGUAGUCCAACUUGCGUCCCCAAC